AUGUCUAAUCCAAACCAACAACAACAACAAGGAAACGCCCAACAAGGUGGUAACAAUAGUUACCAAAACUACCAACAAUAUUACCAAAAUCCACAAGGGAAUCAACAAACAGCUGGUUAUCAAUCCUACCAAGGUUAUCAAGGUUAUCAAGGUUACAACCAACAACAACAAUAUCAACCACAGCAACAGCAACAACAACAAGGUUAUCAACCCUACCAACAAUAUAACCCACAGGCUCAAGGUUUUCAACCACAACAAGGUUACCAAUCAUACCAAGGUUACAACCAGCAAGGUGGUUACCAACAGGGUGGUUACCAACAGGGUGGUCGUAAUAAUAACUAUAAAUCAUACAAUCAAAACCAAGGUUAUCAAGCUUAUAACCAACAAUCAACCAAUCAAGGUAUGUCAUUGAAGGAUUUCCAACAACAACAGCAACCUACUGGUGCCACUACAUCUGCUCCAAAACCUAAGAAAACCUUGAAAUUGGUUUCUAGUUCUGGUAUCAAAUUAGCUAACGCUACCAAGAAACCUGAACCAAAGGAUACUACUCCCGAAAAGACAACUGAAGAACAAUCAACAACUAACACUACUACCACUACUGAGGAGGAACUACCAAAUGUCUCUGAGUUGAAAAUUACCGAUAAAACAACCACUGAAGAAAGUACUACCACCACCACCACAACUACAACUACAACUACAGACGCAGAUACCCUUAUCAAAGAACAAGAAGAUGAAGUUGACGAAGAAGUUGUUCAAGAUAUGUUUGGUGGUAAAGAUCAUGUCUCCAUUAUCUUUAUGGGUCACGUUGAUGCAGGGAAAUCCACUAUGGGUGGUAAUCUAUUAUAUUUGACAGGUUCUGUGGAUAAGAGAACCAUUGAAAAAUAUGAAAGAGAAGCUAAAGAUGCUGGUAGACAAGGUUGGUAUUUAUCUUGGGUUAUGGAUACCAAUAAGGAAGAAAGAAAUGAUGGUAAAACUAUUGAAGUAGGUAAGGCUUAUUUCGAAACUGAAAAGAGACGUUAUACUAUCUUGGAUGCUCCAGGUCAUAAGAUGUAUGUUUCUGAAAUGAUUGGUGGUGCGUCUCAAGCUGAUGUUGGUAUCUUGGUUAUUUCUGCGAGAAAGGGUGAAUAUGAAACUGGGUUUGAAAAAGGGGGUCAAACUCGUGAACAUGCUUUGUUAGCUAAGACUCAAGGUGUUAAUAAGAUGAUUGUUACUAUUAAUAAGAUGGACGAUCCAACUGUUAAUUGGUCUGAAGAACGUUACGAUCAAUGUGUUAAGAACUUGACCAACUUCUUGAAAGCUAUUGGUUAUAAUAAAGAAGAUGUUGUUUAUAUGCCUGUUUCUGGUUACAGUGGUGCUGGUCUAAAAGAUCGUGUGGAUCCAAAGGUUUGUCCAUGGUAUACUGGCCCAUCUCUAUUGGAAUAUCUAGAUAGUAUGAAUCAUGUUGACCGUCAUAUUAAUGCUCCAUUCAUGUUACCAAUCGCUUCUAAGAUGAAAGAUAUGGGUACUGUCGUGGAAGGUAAAAUUGAAUCUGGCCAUAUUAAGAAGGGUCAAUCUACUAUAAUGAUGCCAAAUAAAGUACCUGUGGAAAUUCAAAAUAUUUAUAACGAAACUGAAGCUGAAGUUGAUAUGGCUGUUUGUGGUGAACAAGUUAAAUUAAGAAUUAAAGGUGUUGAAGAAGAAGAUGUAUCGGCUGGGUUUGUCUUAACAUCUCCAAAGAAUCCUGUUAAGAACGUUACUAAAUUUGUCGCACAGAUUGCCAUUGUGGAAUUAAAAUCUAUCAUGUCUGCUGGUUAUUCAUGUGUUAUGCACGUUCAUACUGCCAUUGAAGAAGUAACGAUCACAAGAUUACUACAUAAGUUAGAAAAAGGUACCAACCGUAAAUCUAAGAAACCACCUGCUUUCGCUAAGAAAGGUAUGAAGAUUAUUGCCCUUGUAGAAACAGAAGUUCCUGUUUGUGUUGAAACUUAUGAAGAUUACCCACAAUUAGGUAGAUUUACAUUAAGAGAUCAAGGUACUACCAUUGCCAUUGGGAAGAUUAUGAAGAUCAUUGAGUGA